UUACCCUAAGAUUUAGCCUCUCUCUCUCCUCUCUACUUUCUCUCUCAUCCUCUUCCGGCAGCCAUGAGAGAGAUCCUCCACAUUCAGGGCGGCCAAUGCGGCAACCAAAUCGGCUCCAAGUUCUGGGAGGUCAUCUGCGACGAGCACGGCGUCGACCCCACCGGGCGCUACAAAGGCGACGCCUCCUCCGAUCUCCAGCUCGAGAGGAUCAACGUCUACUACAAUGAGGCCUCCGGCGGCAGGUACGUCCCACGCGCCGUCCUCAUGGAUCUCGAGCCCGGUACCAUGGACAGCAUCAGAUCCGGGCCGUUUGGCCAGAUCUUCCGUCCCGAUAACUUCGUCUUUGGUCAGUCCGGCGCCGGCAACAACUGGGCGAAAGGUCACUACACCGAGGGUGCUGAGCUCAUCGACUCCGUUCUCGACGUUGUUCGUAAGGAGGCUGAGAAUUGCGACUGUCUUCAAGGUUUCCAAGUGUGCCACUCACUUGGAGGAGGGACUGGUUCUGGCAUGGGAACCCUUCUGAUAUCAAAGAUAAGAGAGGAAUACCCUGACAGGAUGAUGCUUACAUUCUCUGUGUUCCCAUCUCCAAAGGUGUCGGACACUGUUGUGGAACCAUACAAUGCCACUCUUUCAGUGCACCAGUUGGUAGAGAAUGCUGAUGAGUGCAUGGUUCUAGAUAAUGAAGCUCUUUACGACAUUUGCUUCAGAACUUUAAAGCUCAGUACCCCAAGCUUUGGUGACCUGAACCAUUUGAUUUCUGCAACUAUGAGUGGUGUCACUUGCUGCCUAAGGUUCCCUGGUCAGCUGAACUCAGAUCUCCGGAAGCUGGCUGUCAAUCUCAUUCCAUUCCCACGUCUUCACUUUUUCAUGGUUGGGUUUGCCCCACUCACUUCUCGCGGUUCCCAGCAGUACAUCUCCCUCACUGUGCCGGAGCUGACUCAGCAAAUGUGGGAUGCCAAGAACAUGAUGUGUGCUGCUGACCCUCGCCACGGAAGGUACCUGACAGCUUCGGCCAUGUUCAGGGGUAAGAUGAGCACCAAAGAGGUGGACGAACAGAUGAUCAAUGUGCAGAACAAGAACUCUUCCUACUUUGUUGAGUGGAUUCCUCACAACGUUAAGUCCAGCGUGUGUGACAUUCCUCCCCUCGGAUUGAAAAUGGCAUCUACCUUUGUUGGUAACUCUACCUCAAUCCAGGAGAUGUUCAGGAGAGUGAGCGAGCAGUUCACAGCUAUGUUCAGGCGCAAGGCCUUUUUACAUUGGUACACCGGAGAAGGUAUGGACGAGAUGGAGUUCACUGAAGCUGAGAGUAACAUGAAUGAUUUGGUCGCCGAGUACCAGCAAUACCAGGAUGCUACGGUUGAUGAUGAAGGAGAGUAUGAGGAGGAUGCUGUUGAAGGUGAAUAUGAGGACUAAACGACCUAAUACGUGUGAUAUAUAGAACCUGAAAGGGAAAGGGGUUGUGAUUUUGUGGUGAAGGGUCCGCUCUGAAUACUCAUGUUUGUUUUCUAGGUCCCCUUUCUGCCUUUUCACUCUUAUUGUUCUUGCAUAUUGUCUCAGCUUUAUUUGGUCGACUGGUUAAUAGAGUAUAAGUUGUUGUAAGACAACAUUGUGUGGUUGUUCUUUCUGAAGUAUGCAAUAAGAAACGUCAGUUUUGCGU